AGAGAGAUCUCACACAAAGGGGAUUAGAGAGAAAGUGCCAGGUACAUUAUCAAACAAUAGCCCAACAGCUCACCCUGACCCCCUACAUAAAUGCCUCAUACUGAAACCCAUACUGAAAGUACAGAGAGAGAGAGAGAAAGAGAGAGGAUUGAUUCCUCUAGUAAUACAAUAUGGAUCAGUGAUACAAAGGGCAACAUAGAACCAGGACAAAGUGUGGCAUUUCUUCUGGUCCCAGGAACUUCAUUCUGAGUCUGAAGGACUAAGGAAAAUUGGUGGGUUCUGGAGACUAAGUUGUGAGUAAGCACAGUUUGUGAUAUUGCACAACAUCAUUGCUGAUCACAGGGUAUGUCUGCUAAGGCAUCAGCCUUAGCUCCCAAUUUCCCAGUUUUGUGGAAACUGGGUCAACGUGAGAGAGCCUGUGGUCUUCAACUGGUGAAGUAGGUUUUUUUUAAUCAUUGAUUGAUUGAUUGAUUGAUUGAUUGAUAGAUAAAUGAAUGAAUGAAUGAAUGAAUGAAUGUUAUAUGAUAGUAGUAUUUCCACCAUACAUGCUCACUAACUUUGUCCUGGACAAACAGGUUUCCCUAGCUUUUAAGGUGGGGCUUGAUUAUUAGCUCUGUGAAAUAAAUGAGAAUAAUAAGAUGAGAGUGGUGGUAGUUUUUGAGCACGGGGGCAUUAUACAGCAAUUGUUUAAUGUGCCUCAGCUUAUGAUAUUCUUGGUGCUGUUCAUCUGCUGCUUCACGCUUUCUAUUCUAUUUUCCUUUCAACAGGGGAGACCAGCAAGGACCAAGCUUCAAGAGAAGAGUCACGGCAAGCCAACCCUUACCUGUACACACACACACACACACACACACACACACACACAAUGCAAUAAGAUAGUUGAGCAGGAAAGAAGGCGAGAGAAAAAUCGGAGAGAGAGAAAAGAUGAGGGGAAGGGAGAAAGGUGAAGAAAAACAUUAAUAGAAAAAUGGUUCCAUUGAGAUGAACAGUAAAUAUUGAAAAGCACAAGAUGCAUUCAGCUGCCUAGAAUUGGAAUCUGACUUGCAACACCAGCUAGGAUAAAUUUAUUCCAGCGUUCCACCCUGUGAGCCUACCUGUCUCUCAGAAACAAUUGAGGCUCAGCCUAAAACUGUAUAUUAAAUAAGUGGCCCAUUAGUGCAUGGCAGUGAAGGGCAGUGAGCCAGCAGUGAGGGAGAAGGGUAGGCUGGAAGGGGUGUCUGCUUCAAUGAAGUCUUUUUGUUGGCUCCAAUGGGAAUAAAGAAGCUGCAGGCCCCUGUCUUGACAUUCUGAGCUUGGAAAAAGCAAGGCCUUCAGCUUUGAGUAUGAUAAGGCAAGGAGAAUACAUCUCACCGUUGCUUCACACAGCGGCAUGGAAGUGGCUUAGAAGCCCUCACUAUAAGAAGUACAGAUUAAGCAGUUGUGGCCAUGUCAUCACCAUAGGUUCAAAUCACAUGACUUUGCCCAAAGAAUCCUGGGAACUGUAGUUUGUUAAGGCUACUGAAAACUGUAGCUCUGUGAGGGGGUAAACUACAGCUCCCAGAGUUCUUGGGGGGAAAGUGAUGUGCUUUAAAUGUAUGAUGUAGAUAUGAGACCUGUGCGGCUGUGGCCAGUUGGGUGAGUCUCUCCCAUCACUCUGUCAGGAGGGAAGAUACUGAUGAGUUGGGAAAGACCCAGACAAUUGGCUCAGCCUACAUGAUUGGUUCAUUCACACACACUCUCCAGCAGCAGCAUGGGGGGGGAGUGGGGGGGGAGAGAGAGAGAGAGAGAGAAGGUCUUGUUACAGAAAAGCUCGUGGAUUGGACUAUGCUUUAUUUCACAUCUGAAACAUUUAUAAUGCAUUAUAUAGUAUACACAUCCAAAUCCACAGCUUAAUCUACCCAGUUACCUGUUAAACAUUUAGUAGGGGGAGGCAGUAUAUGUCAUGCUUGAAAUUAUGUGCUUGAAUUGCCUUUGAACUUAGCGAAUUUCUGUGUGGGUGGUGGUGAAACCCUAAAAGAGCAGAAAAAUUAUGGCUGGCUCCGAGGCAGGCUUUUUCCAGCUUCUGCCUUUUAGCUUCAUGCAUUUUUAUAGAAGUGUUGCCAGUGUGAACGGGGCAUUUACAUUUUUUAAUCAGCCCCAACAGUUUGAAAGUAAUUGAAGAUUUAUAAUAGGUUUGUUUGUUGUUAGGCUCUUUUUCAACAUUUUGGUCCAGUUUGAAUUCCAAUAGCUCUUUUCUUCUUUGCAAACAGCCAUAUCUCUAUGGUGAUGAAGGGACAUCUAUGGGAGGCCUCACAACGAAGGAGGAAAUGUUUUGUUUAUUGUUUGCUUUGAGCUUUUAUGUGUGUUUUUGAAGAAAGGAGCCCACAGCAAUUAAAAGCAAGAAGAAAAUCCCUCUGGGAAUGGACAGCCCGCCCUCUGUUGAUAACACAG